GUUACAAUAGAUACUGGUGGCGCGGAUUUGAAAACCGAAGGUAACAUGUUCGGGAUGUCACGCGAUAAGUAUGGCGCUGCUGUGGCUGCAAAGGAAACAAAACCACGACUGUUUACACUGGCCACACUGACUGGGCACGCAGUACUAACUUAUGGAUAUAUGGCAGCGGCCAUGGAUAAUGGCCCGGCCCAUAAAGAUCGCACUGCUGAGAUGAUCCAGGAUCGAGGCGAUGCAUAUGGACAGCCGGUUGAAAUUUCACGACUUCAUUCGGAAGUAAGGUUUUAUGUUUUACAAAAUUUUGGCCUCAGUGUGGUCGGAAAUUUCAAAAUUUGUUACCUGCUGGCGAGGAAAAACAACAGUUUUGAAAGAAAUGUGAUGUAA